AUGUGUUCGACGUUCCUGACCUUCAUCUACGUUGCUGGCACGUUGACCGCGGCCAUCCUGCAGGUCGCCUCUUUGGUAACGCAGUCCUGGUUCGUCGGUGACGAACAGCUGAGCGUUGGAACCGCGAAACGCCUUUAUGGUCUGUUCUUCAGCUGUACCACGCAGAAUGUAACUGAAAAUCAAUGCAUCCUCAUUUGGAACCGACUGAGUUCUCAGGAGAAAGCUGCCGCUGUUUGUUUCAUCCUUGCCGUUGCGUUUUCUGCUCUAAGCUUCAUCUGGGGUUGCGUCAAUUGCUUCGCCUGCUGCUGUAGGUCUUGUUUGACAAUGCCCUUAGCCAUUCUUGCCGGAAUCGGCUUUGUGUUAAACUUCACUGGAGCCUGCCUGAUGGCUUCUUCACAAGGGAUUUCUAUCUCUGAGUUCGUGAAUGAGGCAAAGGAACAAUCCUUUGGCUUAUCGAUGUGGAUCUGCGUUGCAUCGGUCGCCGUUACGUUAGUAAAUACCGUUGUCGGCAUCAUUUUAGCAUUGGCUUCUAAAGUUUGUCCGUGCUGA